UUUGUUAUUUUGAAAUACUUUAUGUUGUUAAAAUUUGCACAAUUAACUGACAUUUAGGAACUCCUUUACUGCAAAUGUGAAAGUGAGACAAUCAUUGUUUUACGUAUGAUCUGACGAAAAGACCAAACUAUCGAUUUGUAGAAGUAAUCAUGAGAGUUUUCUCUGCCAUUUACUUCUUUUUCGUUCUACAAUUUUCUAAUUCUAAGAUUCGUUUCGGGAAUAAUGUUGUUCAAGCUAGCGUCUCGCACAUCACAAGAUUAAAAAGAGACGCUUCAGAGGGCGACAGCCCAAGAGAACCAGAUCCAAACCUUGCACUAGAAGGAAACUGUAUUGUGGUAUGUGAUGCAAAUAUCGAUGGACUUAAUUCCCAGUUUAAAGCAGGAAGCAAAUCUACACCUUCGGAUUCAUCACGAUUUAAAAGUCGUGAUAGUUUUCGCAAAACUCCCGGACCAAUGGGUUCGGCCACAAGCUUUUGGGACAGAAUGUCGUCUUCUGCCUGUGGGGGCACUGUAGGAUCUGCAAGACGAGAGAGAAGAGUGGCAUUUUCCGUGAAGCGCAGCACAGAACUGGCAACCGCAAAUACGGCUUUGAAUGGCGGUACCACUGUGACUUUUGAUCAUGUCAUGGUCAACGCUGGAAACGCGUUCGACAUGGAGAGCAGCAAUUUUGUAGCACCGGUGAAUGGAGUGUACUCGAUAUCUUUUCAAAUUUACAGAUUAUACAACAAGAAUCCGUUGACGAUAGAUUUGCACGUCAAUGGUCGAAUGGUACUUAGAGGAUUUGCAGACGGCGACAGUGCAAACCACAAAGCGGCACACAACAGCGGACUUCUUCGAUUAAAUGCUCGGGAUCGAGUUUCUGUACAAGUCAGUAGUGGAAAUUUAGAAAGCGGUUGGAAGUACUCAACCUUUUCCGGUCAUCUCCUAUUUGAAAACGAAGAUUAGCAAUAAUCGCCAGUUCAGCUUUAUACUCUGCUAUAUCUCAAAAGUUUAAAUAAACGUCAUAUUAAGCUACUUCGCAAGAUACCUGGAGUCAUGAACCAACAAUAAUUGGAUCUGACAACAUACAUGCAGUUCAAUCUAUAUGGUAUAGACGAGACAAAGAACGUGAGCCGUAACAUAAGACCUGUGGGAAUGUCUGUUAUUUGUAUUAUAUAUAUAUAAUGAUUAGAAACAUUCUUCACCACACAUCAAUUGGCUGAAUCAUUUUCCUGUUUAUGUAGUUUUAUAUUGAACAAAUUAAAACGUUAUUAUCGAAGUUCUCACAGGAAUGCUGCAGUAUAUUUUAUAACCGCAACCUUGAAACUAGUUAAUGAUACGUCCUCAUAUGGCAUUUUUCGUCAUAUUUGUGCUGGUGCAUCCUCGAUGGUCUUCGGCCGUUUGGACCCAAGUCAAAAGAGACUGUAAUCAUGUGUAAUGAUACCCAUAGCGGUGGCCAAUUUUUGGCAAAAUAAUAUAUUUUGCCAAUCCCAAGUCUUGUAGUAUUAUUUUUAUUAAAGUCAUAACUUUCAUCUCAUUCCAAGUCAAAGUGAUUGUUGACCUGUUUAAUGUUCAUUUAAGUAUGAUAUCGUAGUGAGUAAUAUCUGCGAUUUUAUUCAGUAUUACGGUUGAUAAGCGUCUA